AUGAAUUAUCACCAAGUUGAAGAUAAAAGUGAGAGUGGUUCUCAGUCCGCAGAUGAUUGCGAAGGUCUACUGGCUCAAGAUGCUGGGCCAGUAUUCAAAAAGCAACCUCGAGGAGUUCCAAUUUGGAUCGCAUUAUGUGUCGUAGUUCUCUCUUCGAUUGGUUCUUUGGGUCUUGGUGCUUGGAUUGGAAGCCAUUGGACAAAUGGGUCCUGCUUGGAGCACGUCCAGAAGUAUUCUCCAAUAUUGAAGGAGGUGGAUAAUGACUACCACAUGGUCCGCUUCAAUGGCUCAUUCAUGAAAGAGAAUGUCUUUCGACUACCUGGAGGACCUGAUUCCGGAGUCGAUGCAGCCUGGGAAUCUCUGGGGGUGGACUACAGAGGAAUAGCUGUUCCAGUCAGCGAAGCACCAAAAUCGGGAUUGAAGCCAGACCAAGUCCAAAUCAACCCCAAGUAUGGAGGUGGAUUUCCUGCCAAUGUCGAAGGUCUCCAUCAUCUUCACUGCCUCAACCUCGUACGCCAGUCUCUCUUUUACAACAUCGACUACUACCGCUCCCAAGGCAAAGGUGCUUUCGUCAACAAAGACAAUAUUGUACAGUAUCACGUUUCGCAUUGUUUGGACAUCAUCCGACAGCAAUUGAUGUGCACGCCGGAUACUGGAUUGCUUGGCCAGAUCUGGUGGGAUCGUGAAUACCCGAAGGCAUUUGUCGACUUCAACACCGAGCACAAGUGCAAGAACUUUGAGGCUAUUAGACAGUGGGCAGAGGAGAGGCAGAUGCCUGAGGAAGUGCCGGAGGAUUUUUUGAAGCCGCCCCAGGUUGGAGAUACCAUUUAUGAAGCAAUACCUUGA